CCGAUUUCGUUUCAGAACUUUUCUCUUAUAAAUACAAAGUUUCCUUACCUUGAGAGACGCACCAACAUCUGUAGUUUCUUCGUACAAAGUUCUGAUUUAUUAAGGUUGUUUCUGAAAUGGCACAAGGCGACUUUGAUGCGCAAGCAGCCACGACCACCGAGGAGCAGCAGAAGCUGAAAUAUUUGGAGUUCGUGCAAGUGGCUACACUGCACGCCUUGAUGUGCUUCACAAGCCUUUAUGUUUAUGCCAAGGAAAAAUCCGGGCCAUUGAAACCUGGUGUGGAGACUGUCGAGGGAACUGUUAAGAAUGUGGUGGCACCUGUUUAUCAUAAGUUCCAUGAUGUCCCAAAGGAGCUUCUCAAGUACGUGGAUCGUAAGGUUGAAGAGUCAGUGACCAAGCUUGACAGUCGUGUGCCUCCAGUCCUCAAGCAAGUUCCUGCUCAGGCCCUCUCUGCAGCUCAAAAGGCCCCAUUGGUGGCUCGAUCAGUGGCUUCUGAAGUGAAACGUGCUGGUGUGGUUAACACAGUGUCAGGAAUUGCAAAAUCUGUUUACACAAAGUACGAGCCAGCAGCCAAGGAGCUCUAUACCAAGUACGAGCCCAAAGCUGAGCAAUGCGCUGUGUCAACUUGGCAUAAACUUAACCAGCUCCCGCUAUUCCCUCAAGUAGCCCAAGUUGUUGUUCCAACCGCUGCUUUUUGUUCUGAGAAAUACAAUCAAACGGUGCUUAGCACCGCAGAGAAGGGACACAGAGUCUCCGCUUAUUUGCCAUUGGUCCCAACCGAGAAGAUUGCUAAGGUGUUUACCAAUAAGGCAGCUGACUCACAGCCUCUAGUUUCUGCUGGACAAGAAUCUGAUAUAUCUGUGCAUUGAUUAACCACAGCCUCUAGUUUCUGCUGGACACAAAUCUGAUGUAUCUGUGCAUUGAUUAGUAGUUUAAGUGUUGAUGGUUUAUUCUUAUUGUGUGUGUGUCUGGAAUUAAUUCCCCCAUUAAAAUGUUUUUCAUUUUUGCAGAAGGAAUAGAUUUUGAUGUUUUACAUAA